AUUUUUUGCGUUUCGUUUUCGGUCCAACGGACCAGAUGACUCCCAGCUCCACAAUCGACGCAUCGGAAUCAAAGAGUCAAGCAUUCCCCAAAACUCUUCCCUCUCGCAUGGCGGCGCCGCCGUUCGCCGCUGCCCUCCGCCGCCACCUCCUUCUCCCCCACCGUUACUCCCUUCUCCCCUCUCGCCACAUCAGCCGCUCCACCGCCCACCCCCUCUCCGACGAAAGUGACUUCGAGUGCGACCAACCCCUCCCCCCAGCUCCCGACGACGACGACGGCGGCGGCGAGCUCAGCUCCUUCCUCCACCGCGUCUCCCACGCCUCGUCCGUUGCUUCUUCCCCGAAGGAAGCCCUCUCCCUUCUCCUGUCCUCGUCCCCCUCCUCUUUGCCCCCGCCGCCAGCCUCCCCCUCCCUCCUCGUCCGCGCGCUCUGGGAGCUCCGCCGCGACCCGGAGGCCGCAGCGCUCGCGAUUCGCUGGGGCGAAUACUGCAGUGCUUCAUCUGGGGCUGAGGGGGCGGGGUCGCCACCGGCCGAGGCAUGGCACCUGGCCAUAUGGGCUGCGGGGAAGGCGGGGCGGUUCGACCUCGCGUGGGCGGCCGUGCGGCGGAUGCUGCACCGUGGGGUCCUGACCCGCCGUGCCAUGAUCAUUGUGAUGGAGAGAUAUGCAGCUGCCAGUGAGUUGGAGAAAGCACUCAAAACCUUUGAUGUGAUGGAGAAGUUUAAAGUGCAAGCAGAUCAAGCUGUAUUUUACUCCCUUCUCCGUGCUCUUUGCAAAAGCAAAAACAUAGAAGAUGCUGAGGAGUUGCUUCUCAUGAGAAAGAAAUUCUUCCCACUUACAGCAGAAGGUUUCAAUAUAAUCCUUGAUGGUUGGUGUAAUAUAAUUAUUGAUGUGGCUGAAGCAAAGAGAGUUUGGAAAGAAAUGUCAAGUUACUGCAUUACUCCUGAUGGUACAUCAUAUACUCUCAUGGUCAGUUGUUUCUCAAAAGUAGGAAACCUUUUUGAUACGCUGAGGGUUUAUGAUGAGAUGAAAAAGAGGGGUUGGACUCCUGGUAUUGGUGUUUAUAAUUCACUUGUCUAUGUCCUGACGAGAGAGAAUUGCAUGAAGGAUGCAAAAAAAAUAUUCAGUAAAAUUAUAGAUGAAGGUCUCCAACUGAAUGUUGAAACAUACAACAGUAUGAUAAUUCCACUUUGUGAAAGUUGCAAGCUUGACGAAGCGCGGAUUAUGAUGGGAGACAUGAUAAUGAAGGGCAUUGUUCCAACCAUUUUGACGUACCAUGCGUUUUUGAAACAAGAAGGCGUUGACGAAACAUUGCAGCUAUUGAGAAAAAUGAAGGAAAAUGGCUGUGGCCCUAACAGUGAUACAUUUCUCAUGCUUAUUGAUAAAUUUAUUCAAGCGAAUGAGUCUGGAAAUGCUCUGAGAGUGUGGAAUGAAAUGAUAAGAUAUGACAUUAGCCCUGCUUAUUCACACUAUAUGGCGGUGAUCCAAGGUUUGGUUAAACAUGGAUGUAUACCAAGAGCUUUAGAGUAUUAUGAUGAAAUGAAGGCAAAAGGUUUUGCUUCAGAUCCAAUACUUGAUAGGGAAUUCAAAACAUUUCUGUUGGCCAACAGAGACCAUUGGAGAGGAGCAGGAAAAUAUAAUCUUAUUCCACAGCGAAGCAAACAUUUUACAAGACGCACAUGAAUUCCAUAACACGUGUGGGCCAUUAAGCAUGCUCCGAGUGCUUAUUUGUAUAACAAGGAAUUUCAAGCUUACAAAGACCCGUUUCAGAUCAUGGUUUGGGUCAGUGAACUCAUUCAGUUGGUCUUGGUUUCUUGCCCUGGCAACGGGCGGGUGCUAGGCUCAGGAUUGCCGUCGAUCAGAAGCUCCCUCUGCCGCCCUCCCCAAUCUUCUCUCCAUCACCUGAGCUCCCCCACAAGCAGACGCUGCCCAUUGUCCCCAUCAAGCUUCCUCAAACUCCACCCAUCGAGCUGCAUCGCCUCCCCACCGGAUUUGAGUUGACACUGCUGGCCGGCCACGACCUCAGCCCACUGUGUGCAAGUCCUGGGCUGCCCUUUCCCCAUCAGCCCAUUCUCGCCGCCAUGAGGGACCUGUCUUCACCUGCAAUUCAAUCCACCCACCUGCCCCUCUUGCUUGCAGUGCUUCCAGCAUGGAAAGAAGCAGGUCACCACAUGCUACCUUCUCCAAUCCUAUCCUUCAUGGAUCUCACCCUACCCAAGCACGGAAAGAAGCAGGCCAAUGACAUCUUGGACGAGGGAAUAAAAAUGUUUCCAGCAAGGAGGCAGUGGCGAAAAAGUUGAUGCAACUUUCUAAUUUCCAGCCGUUUUUACUGUUUUAAUACUACUGGUAAUUAGCAUCAACGGCAUGGCAGGAAGAUGCAAGUGCAUGGUCGUCCUGACUUAUUAUCCCAGAGCCAGAUUUGAGCCACAGAAAACCCAAAGUGAACAAAAGCACUCUUGUCAGUUGGACACGAACUCUCGCUGCCUCUAUGGUCAGACGUCUUCUUGGAAUGUGGUCAAGUUUGCUGAUUGCCAAGUGCAGCAGCAUAUGAAAGACCUGAAGUUCCAGCCCUUUCAGUGUCGGCUAAGUCGAGCAGACCCGUGCGCCCUAUUACAGUCCACUUCAUUUGCUAUUUCUUUCUGUAAUUUGUCAUCUUGAGAAAUAAGAUGCAGUACUGUUACCUGAGAGCGAGAUCAGACUAUUUGUGACUUCCAUCAUUCAGAGUGAUACAGUUUACUUGAAAGCGAGAUCAGACUAUUUGUGACUUCCAGCAUUCAGAGUUGGGAUAUCCAACCAAAUUGGCACUUACUAUCUCGUCUUGCAA